AUGGAAAAAAGCGCAAAUGAUUUGCUAAUUCACGGGCGAUAUCUCCAGUACUCGAGACAAUCGUCAUCCGAAAGGGAUUCAACGAAGACUGACUACACGUACGCUCAGAGCUAUAGCUAUAAUCGACGUAAAGAGCGGUCAAAGCUGUUUGACUGGUCGGUGCCAAACAUGUCUCGUAGAAGUAUCAAAAACUCUUCGUCGGCGAAGAGCGUGUCCUCGAAGUCCGCGGGUAUUGUGAGUCCAAAUUCAGAUCAAGGACUUGAGCCAGAGAUCGAAUUCAGUGAUGACGAAGACUAUGCAAUGAAUAACAGAUUAAAUCAUCAAAUAUUUGGUGGUAAUCAACACAAAGGCUACAGAAUCUUGAGGAAGAAUUCCAGACAACUCUACGACUACAAUGUCUACGACAAAGAGGCGAUGACAGCCUUCAAAAUUGUGACCAAUAUAUUUAAGACGACAAUCAAUAGUACCUCAAAACUGAUAGAUUCUGUGACACCACCUGUGCUGAAACGAGUCCACAAUAAGUGCCCUUCGCUUUGCCUUUUCAUUCUUUUGUUGCCAUUUCUCGCGGGUUUCGUAUACUUAAUGAGUCAAUACAAGUCUAGUCCCAACAUAUUGUGGUCGUCGUCCGCGGCGUUCAGUCCAUUGGAUUGUCUGACGAUUGGCGGCGGCGGUGGCAGUGAUAUGGCCUCCAAACACGCCAUCAAUGAAUUGAUUAAAGAGAUGAAAACAAUUCGUUACGAUUUGCAGAGUUUGAAGGAUUCAAACAACGCUUUUACGGAAUCGAUUGAACACAAACUGAUGACAACUGCUGAUCGGCUUGAGAUUCAGAUUACAACCGCUAAGACAUCUUAUGAUCAGUCGUUGAACUUAAUUAACGCUGACAUCAACUCACAGAUAAGUCAAGCGCUGGCCAUCUAUGACGCCGACAAGACUGGUCAGCACGACUUUGCCUUAGAAUCUGCGGGCGGAGCUAUUGUCAAAACUCGCUGUUCCGAGUCUUUUAAUCCUUACGGCGUUCAAUACAAAGUGUUUGGUAUACCGUUCUGGAGCUCAUCGGUGAGUCCGCGGGCCGUAAUUCAGCCGACAAUAAGUCCGGGCGAGUGCUGGGCGUUCAGGGGAUCCAACGGCUAUUUAGUGAUAAAACUGUCGCAACCGAUACGUCCGACCGGUUUCUCCUACGAACACAUUCCCAAACAGAUCUCCAGAGACGGGAACAUCGAUUCCGCGCCCAAAGAGUUUCAGGUCCGGGGCUUAGACUCCGAGAGU